AUGCUCGUCACCAAGAUCUUCGCCCUCGCCCUUGCCACCCUUGUGGCUGCGGAAUCCGCCGAGGUUCAGCACGAAGCUCGCGACAAUAACGCGGCUACACUCUACAAGCAACGCGAUUUCCGCGGCGCCUCCCGCCGGGUUGAUAAUGGACGAUGCACCAAUCUGAAGGGCCCUCUCCGCGACAAUGUCCACUCUAUCCGUGUGGAACGCCGCAGCGACUGCUAUCUCUACUAG